AGGUUCUGCUGAAGAGCAUCACUUUGCUCGCUGGACGGGGCGGUUUGGAGCGGGUUUGGAGCGGAUGCGGGACCGCAGGAACCCGCUGAUCCACCGAUGGGGGCCGACGGCAGCAGAAACAGCCAGAAGCCCUCUGACGGCCAGGACGAUGAGCGCGUGGCCUCCGGGUGGCGGGGCUUCCUGUCCAGCAUGGGUCUGUCCCUGCCAGCGGGCCUGUGCCGCCUGGCGCCGCCCGCCCUGCGUCUGGGUCAUCGCCGGAUGCUCCAGGGCAAGACGGCCGAGGUGCCGGAGCACGUCCUGAGGUUGGCGGGCGUCGGCCCGGGCCGCUGGAGGGCGGAGUGGACCCUGCCGGCGUUCGUCACCAUGUUCCUGCCCGAGUUCCCUCAGAGGAGCGUGCCGGGCCACGAGCACUUCCAGGUGCUGGGAUACAUCGCCAAAGGUUCCUUUGGACCGAUUCUGAAGGUGAGGGACAAGGCCGGACAGAGAACCUACGCUGUUAAGGUUAUACCCAAGUCCGAGAUACUAAGACUUGGGGUUUUGGAGCAGUCAAAAGAAGAAGUCAUUGUCCAGCGUCAGGUCCGCCACCCAUUUGUCCACGACCUCCAGGACUGCUGGCAGACGCAGCGCCACCUCUACAUUAUGUGUGACUACUGCAGUACAGGAGAUCUGUACACCUACUGGCAGAUGAUCGGACAGUUUUCAGAGGACACGGUGCGAGUGUUUGCAGCAGAGUUGGGAUGUGCUCUUGGCUUCCUACAUGAUUUUGGGAUCAUCCACAGAGAUGUGAAGAUGGAAAACAUCCUGCUGACGGACCACGGACACCUCCGCCUGGCUGACUUUGGUCUGUCCCGGCGCCUGGAGAGAGGAGGCAGAGCCUUCACCAUCUGUGGAACCAUCCAGUACAUGGCCCCUGAGGUGCUGAGUGGGGGACCCUACAACCACGCAGCUGAUUGGUGGUCGCUGGGAAUCCUGCUGUUCUCAUUGGUUACUGGAAAGUUCCCCGUGUCCCCAGAACCGGACCACUGCAGCAUGCUGAGGAAAGUGAGGACGUUUCCCUACGAGAUUCCCCUCAGCUUCAGCCCCCAGCUGGCCCUGCUGAUCACCGAGCUUUUAUGUAAGACUCCCACCCGCCGCCUGAGAACUCUGGACCGCUUCAAACGGCAAACAUUCUUCCACGGGACGACAUUUGACCUGGACCUGCUGCAGCGGCGGCCCGUGGAGGUGAUCCUGGAGCUGAGGGAACGACCCGACCGGGCCGCCAAGGCUCGGCGAGGCCUCACGUUGUCCCUGCAGCCUCUGAAGGGCUUCGACUACGACUCGCUGCUCAGCCCUCCAGCCACGCCGGACACCCAGCUGGACGCAGACGCUCACGCACGCGCAGCUGCCGCCCUGCCGGGCCCGGCGCUGCAGGACACUCAGGAAACACGCAGGGAAAUCUUCGUGUGACGGACUUCACGUUUACGACGCACUGACUUUAAAGGCCACGCUUCGCUCACACUGUUUCACCCUUCACACCGGCGUGAAGAUGUCUUAUUCUGAAGAAAUUAAAUACAGGACUGUCUAAGAAAAUUAGAAUAUUGUGAUUUUCUGUAAUGCAAUUACAGAAACAAAAAUGUCAUACAUUCUGGAUUCAUUACAAAUCAACUGAAAUAUUGCAAGCCUUUUAUUAUUUUAAUAUUGCUGAUCAUGGCUUACAGUUUAAGAAAACUAAAAUAUGCCUGUAUGUUAAGGAAAUAUAACGAAAAAUGUUGAGUUCUAUUGACAUACCCCUAGGCGGUGGUAAUUUUAUUUAAAUUUUAUUUUAAUGUUAUUUUAAUUUUAUUUUAUUUUAGUUGUUUUUAUUCACUUAGUUGUUGUUUUUUUAUUAUUAUUUUUAAUUUAUGUUAUUUGUGAAAGGGGCAGAUCAGAUAAGAUUCUUCUUCUUUCUGCUCCCUUUUCAUUCACAAGUUAGGAACAUUUGUAUUUGUAUUUGUAUUGAAUUGUUUUGUUUUUUGAAUGAAAUAAAGAAUAAAAUGAAAAAUGAAAUGUCCUAUCCCAAAAAAUUUGAAU